CACCCCCCCCCAAAAAAAAGCUCCGGCAGGCUGGGACGGUGCCCGCUUCGCGCCCCCGCUGAAGGGGGAAAGGAUCGCUCGCAGAUCCCGCCUGGGGAUCGCUCCGUCGGGGAAGCCGAGGAGAGCCGGGGGCCAGAUCCCAACCAUGUCUUCCACCGUGUGGUUCAACCUGCUCCUGCUUUUCCCCACCAUUGCGGCUUCCAAGACCUGUUUCCCAGGAUGCCACUGUGAGGUGGAGAGCUUUGGUCUCUUCGACAGCUUCAGUCUAACCAAGGUGGAUUGCAGCGGUAUAGGGCCCCAUAUCGUCCCUGUCCCCAUUCCCCUGGAUACGACUUAUCUGGAUCUAUCGUCAAACCACCUCGAGUCCCUGAACGAGUCCCUGCUGACUGGCCCUGGCUAUACCACGCUGGUGAGCCUUGACUUGAGCUACAAUAAAAUCUCAAAGAUUGUUUCGGCCACUUUCUCCAGACUCAGGUAUCUUGAAUCUUUGGAUCUGAGUCAUAACUCUUUGGUUGCCCUUCCUGACGAAGUCUUCUCCAGGUCACCCCUGGGGGACAUUGACUUAAGCAACAACCUCCUUCUAGAAAUCAAGAUGGAUGCCUUUUCCUCCAGAGGUCAAAGGAAACCGCUGAAUGUUGAUCUCUCCAGUAACCUCAUAAGCCUUGUUUCAGUACAACAGGACAAAGCCAUUCCUAACAUUCAAAGCUUGAAUCUGUCUGGAAACAGAUUAAGAAAUAUCCCACACCUUCGCGGAAUCCCCCUGCGGUACUUAAACCUUGACGGAAACCCAGUCUCAGUCAUUGAGAAGGAGGCAUUCUCAGGGCUGAAGGAUUUAAUCCAUUUGUCGCUGAGCAAUAUGUAUGAACUCUCCGAGAUUUUGCCCUAUGCCUUCAAAGACUUGCCUGCUCUCCAAGGGCUGGAUUUCUCUAACAAUCCCAACAUCAAGUCAUUGAGUGCCGAAGUUUUUUAUGGCCUCGGGUCUUUGCAGGAACUCAACCUGUCUGGCACAGGUGUUGGGACGUCCCUUUCGAAAGCGAUGUUGACGUUCUUGCCUUCCAUCAAAAGCAUCACUUUAGGCAAGAACGUCAAGUGUCUUAAAACCAUCCGAGAAGGACAGUACCACAGACAGACCGGGCAGACCAAGAAAGAAAUCCUGAGUUGUCACGACAAUCAUGGGUCACUCACACCCUACACUUUAUGACAAGGGCCAAGGAUGAUGGAGGGAUCCACGGACUUCUGAAAAAGCCACAAAUGUGCCUUGUGUAAAAAAAAAGAAAAAAGAAAUAGUAGUUUAAUUUAUAUAUUUUGUAUAUUGCAAUUUUUGAUUAUAGCGAUUGAAGGAAAA